AUGGAGAACCAUAAUAAUGCUAACGAAGUUAUUGAUAAGAACAAAAUAGAAAGCGAUAAUAAAUAUAUCUACACAAAAUUUCCUAUGUUUGAUAUGCAUAAGAAAAUAAAAUAUUAUAACAAGAAAAUAUCAGAUAUUAAUUUAGAAAAUAUAAAAUUAAAAAAGUGUAAGAAACAUUUGGAAAGACAUAUAUUAGAAGAAAAAAUAAUAUUUGAAAAAAAUUUCGAGAAUUAUGAAAAAAUAAUUUCGAAUGCCUUAGUAUUAGGAUAUUCAUGUAUAUAUUUAUGUAAUAUAUUAAAUAAGAUUAUAAAUAAAGAUAAAAUAUAUGUUUUAAGAUUAUUAUUAAGAAAAAGAGAUGAAUUUAAAAAUAAUAUUAUAAAAUCUUAUAUUCAUAAACAUAUGGAAAAUAAAAUUUAUUUUAAAAAACUUGCAAAUUUAAUACAAAACUUUACUAUAAAAAAUAAAAAUUAUGUAACCAUAUUCUUAGUUCGUCAUAUAAAAAAUAAAAUUAAACUUCAUUUUAUACAUUUUUAUAAUGUUAUUAUAUAUAAAUAUAAUAAUGAAAAACAAAAAUAUAAAAAUAAUUCUAUCUUAAAAUCAAAUAAUCAUUUUAUUUCAAAUAAAUUAUAUCUACAAAAUAUAUAUAUUCUUAAUAAAAUAUUAGCAUUAUUCAAAUUGUCUUAUAUUAUCAAAAAUCAUUUUCGCCUGAACGUUCAGAAUUUUUUUUUACACAUAUUAGAUGAAAAACAAAAAAAAAAAAAAAAAAAAAUAUUUUUUGAUUUUAUAAAUGAAAAUAGUGAUAAUAUAAAUGAAACAAUAACAAGUAUGCAAUGUCUAACAAAUAAUAUACAAGAUGAUACUAUAAAUUCAUCAAACAAUUAUAAUAUAGAUAAAGAAAAUAUAACAAAUGUUGAAUAUAAUACAAAUAAACAAAAAUAUUAUAUACAAAAUAAUCUUCUGAUCAAAGAUAAUUCAUCAAGUACAAGUAGUUAUAUAUUACAUCCAAAUGAUUUUUAUAAUUAUUUAUAUAAUGAAGAAUUAAAAAAAUAUAUAUACAAGGAUAUAAAAAAUAAUCACAUCAAUAAAAAUACUAAAAAUAUGUAUCAAAAAGUAAAGGAAAAGGAAAAAAUAUACUAUAAAGAAAAUAAUAUGCUACAAAUUCAAAGUUAUCUAGAUCAAAAAAUUAUUAAAAGAUAUGUAUAUAUUCAUUCUUUAAAAAAAGAACUUGAGGAAUUAUUUUUACAAAUACCAAACAAUAUAUCUAUAUAUUAUAAUCAAAAGGAACAUAUAAAAAAUAUUCAAACAACAUGUCAUGAACAAAUUGAAAAAAUCCAAAGCACUCUCAAAAAUAUAAAAAAUAAACAUUUCUUUUUUAUAAUUGGAAUGGGCCCACCACAAAAUUUACACUUAAAAGCAUCUGAUAAUUCGUAUUUAAGUUCUCAUAAACAUUUUAAAUUUCUUAAUAAUAUAAACAACACAUCAGGAAAUACUACAAAUAAGUGUAGUAAGAUAUUAUUUAGCAUAAAAGGAUAA